GUAUAAUAAUUCUAACUUCAAAAAAAGAAACCUCCCUCUUCUUCCUCUUCUUUGUUCUUUCUUUUAUCCUCUCAAAUGGAGAAUAGAUUUAAAACGAAAAUUUCUCGAAUGUUUAAAACCUCAUUAGGUUCAUGCAAAUCUAAGAACAUUUCUGAUGCUAUUGAUACCAAUAAACCAGGUUUUAGCCCUCAAAAUCACCAAAAUUAUCAAUUUGUUGAACUUUUCUCUCCAAAACCUCGUCCAUUUCCUUCCAUGUGUACACCAAAGUGCCCUGAAAAUUUCCAAACACAACAAAGAUGUCUACUUUCAAACAAUGGCAUACGCAGAAACUUUUUGCAAGCAGCCGCAUCGGUCUACUGUCACAAUUCGACUUCUGAUACAAAUGGACGAAAGUGUCCUCCUGCAUCACCCAUAUUACCUCAGGAGUACUCUCAAGAGAAGUGCAACUUCAACUCCAUGACCAAAUAUUAUCAAAAGAAAACCAAGAAAAAGAAAAAGAAGUCCAAGAAAAUGACAAACUCCAAGAUUAAAAAAUUUGGGUUUGAUCAAGAAUUUCCAAAUUUUGAUUAUAAGGGUCUUUUCAGUAGUGAUGAAGAAAGUGAAUAUGAUGAUGACAAUAAUAACCUUUUCUCAUCAAGGUCAUUUACUAGUUCUGAUUCAUCAGAAUAUUCUCUCCGGCAAAAAACACGGCGGAGGAGGGUGGCGAAAGGCGGCGUAAAAGGUAGUCUUGCGGUGGUUAAGAAAUCGAGUGAUCCUUACAGUGAUUUUAAGGAUUCAAUGCUGGAAAUGAUUAUGGAAAAUCAAAUAUUUGCUGCAAAGGAUCUUGAAAAUAUGUUGGAAUGUUUUUUGAAAUUAAAUUCACAACAUCAUCAUGGGGUUAUUAUUGAAGUUUUUACUGGGAUUUGUGAAGCUUUGUUCUCUAGCUUGUCUUAGGGGAAAAAAAUCAAGAAAAUGUAAUAUGUUUUCUUAUGCAACUUUUUUUUUUGUGUUUUAGUAAGAGUAGUUAGUGUUCAUGUUGCUCGUGACUCUUCAAAAAUAUGAUUUGCUGCAUAUCGAAUUUUUCAUAAGUGGGUAUUUUGGAUGAACCAAUAUUGAUAAGGCAAAUUUUUUAGAGAAUCUAAGCAACAUAUGUUAGUGUACCCUAACCACGGUUUAGAGGUUUAUGCUUUAAUGUAAUUAUAUUUGAUCAUGUA